AUCCAGACCCCAAUGCCAAAGACGAAAACGAUAAGAUGACAUAUUCAAAAGGAGCCCUUCUUGUGAGCCCUGUGUUAGGAAACUAUCCACAUCUGUGGAAACGACAAGCUCUUGAUCCUGAACAAAUCUUCGUAGACGCAACGAUUUCAACAUUGGAUGUUUCCAUAAAUCAUCUGAGCCGAUCGCCAGACACAAGCACACUCGGCUAA